AUGACUGACAACGAAACCUUUCAAGUCAAAGUUGUCACCGACUUGAAGAACGAGUAUCCGGAGGUCUUUAGGAGCGAAGCUAGGAAAAUAUACGAGAGCAAAGCGAGGUUAGUCUUGAAGAGGAAUGCUGCCUGCUCCCGUCUUCAAAAAGGAAAGACCAGUACCAGACCUACACCACAGCACCAGAACGGGAGGCAAUGGAUUGGCUGGUAGAU